AUGGACACAGUCAUCGGCAUCAAGGGAAAGGACUUCGUUCUGUGUGCAGCCGAUAAAAGCAGUGCCUACUCCAUCAUUCGUUUAGUCGACACGCAAGAUAAGGUGUGCGAGUUGGAUGGGAACAAGUUGAUGGCUUGCGCGGGUCCAGACGCUGACCGGCAGAACUUUAUGGACUACAUCCAGAAGAAUGUGCAUUUGCGUCGUCUCAUGUCGCAGGGGCGUUCGCUGAGUCCGAAGGCGACGGCGAACUACGCUCGAACGGAGUUGGCGCUGGCGUUGCGCAAGGCACCGUACCAAGUCGACGCCCUCGUAGGCGGCAUCAACCCCGUCUCGAGAGAGCCGGAGCUGUACCUGCUCGACUACCUCGGCACGCUCGUGGCCAGCGAUCGGGCCGCACACGGUUAUGGCAGCCACUUCAUAUACGGCCUACUCGACCGCGAAUACCAACCGGACAUGACCCUCGAACAGGCGACCGACCUCGUCCGCAAGUGCAUUCACGAACUCAACACGCGAUUCCUCGUCCACAAACCCGCCUACCUCGCCAAAGCAGUCACGGCCGACGGCAAAAUACAGCUCGUUACCCUCUAA